AUGAUAUCGAAUAUGAAUAAGAUUAUUGAGGGCUUAUGGCUGGGGAAUUUUAGUGCAGCAAAUGACACUAAUUGUUUAAAGAAAAAUCGCAUUACCCAUAUUUUAACAGUUGCAGGGAUGCUUGAGCCUAUGAAUUCUUGGGUAUAAAUACUUUCAUAAUUGAAGGUAUUGCUGCAGGAGGAGUUUUAGUGCAUUGGUACGUUUUUGAAUAUUAAUAGUGAAAAUAGUUUCGCUGGAGUAUCGAGAAGUUCUAGCUGUGUCAUUGCAUAUCUGAUGAGAGAGCAUAAUAUGUCUUACUGGGACUCCCUCUACUUCACCAAGAAAUAGAGAUCAGUAGUUUGUCCUAACUUGGGCUUCGCUAAGCAGUUGUAGUAGUACGAAUCAGAUCUGACAGAGAGAAGAAUAAAAUAGACAUAAAUGGAGUACCUAUCGAAAAAACUAGGUACUACAUCGUUAUCCUCGUAAACUCAAAAUGGUCCUUCAGCUACACCUGCAAGAGGUACAACCCCUAUGUUAAACUACAAUUUCUCUACUAAUAGCAAUAACCCUGGCUCUACUCCUCCUAAGAGAUCAACCAGUCAAUUUGGAAUAACUGAUUCAUCUAAAUCAACAUUACAUGAAAGCAGUGAACCUUUUGGUUCUCAAGAGGAAUUUAAGUAUCAGUAAAUUGGUUUGAAAUCUGCUUUUAGCCGAUCGAUGAGCACAUAGGAAGCGAAAGAAGAGAUAAAGACCUAGGCUAAAGCAGUGUCUGAGUUUUACUGUCAACUUUGCAAGACUAAACUAUUCUCUAGCAAGGACAUAGUCACUCACUAGCCUAAUUUUAGUUUCUAAACAAACAAGAGUCCUUAUGAAAACUAGUAAAAGAUAUAAUAAUCUCAAUGCAUGGAUCCAUCUAUGAGUAAUCUAGAAAAUGCUGAUACUUGCUCUUAGAUAUUCAUUAACUGCCAAAGCUGGAUAGAUGAAUCAUAAGGAAACAAAGGACUUAUCAAAUGUCCCAAAAAAUAAUGUGAAGUCAGUCUGGGGUCAUAUAAUUUCAGUGGUCUUAAAUGUAGGUGUGGAAAGUAGGUUUCACCUGGAUUCUUAAUAUAUUACGAUAUGCUCAUUAGAAAUUGA